UCUGUAAGUUUAAGAAACAUAAAUGAACUACUGUUUGGUGAUACAACUACCACCUACUUGGUGACACAUCACCCUGCAGAAUGUAAGCUUAUCUCUCUUAAUGACUCUGGCUGAACACCAGCGUAUGUGAUCUUAUUAGUUACUCUUAGGUAUUACUUUAUGUCAGUUAAUUGCCCUCUUAUACAUGACCCUUUCAAUGGUGUGCUUAUCAGCACUUAGUUAGCCGAGUAAGACUUAUUCAUUAGUGUGCAUGCCAGCACUUGGGUGGCCAAGAAGGCCCUAUUCAUCAGUGUGCCCGCCAGCACUUGGGUGGCCAAGAAAGCCUCUUAUAACAGUGUGCACGCCAGCACUUAGGUGGUCAAGGAAGACCUCUUCAACGGUGUGCACGCCAGCACUUAGGUGGCCAAGAAAGCCUCUUAUAACAGUGUGCACGCCAGCACUUACAUGGCCAAGAAAGCCUCUCAUAACAGUGUGCACGCCAGCACUUACAUGGCCAAGAAAGCCUCUCAUAACAGUGUGCACGCCAGCACUUACGUGGCCAAGAAAGCCUCUCAUAACAGUGUGCACGCCAGCACUUACAUGGCCAAGAAAGCCUCUCAUAACAGUGUGCACGCCAGCACUUACAUGGCCAAGAAAGCCUCUCAUAACAGUGUGCACGCCAGCACUUACGUGGCCAAGAAAGCCUCUCAUAACAGUGUGCACGCCAGCACUUACGUGGCCAAGAAAGCCUCUCAUAACAGUGUGCACGCCAGCACUUACAUGGCCAAGAAAGCCUCUCAUAACAGUGUGCACGCCAGCACUUACAUGGCCAAGAAAGCCUCUCAUAACAGUGUGCACGCCAGCACUUACGUGGCCAAGAAAGCCUCUCAUAACAGUGUGCACGCCAGCACUUACAUGGCCAAGAAAGCCUCUCAUAACAGUGUGCACGCCAGCACUUACGUGGCCAAGAAAGCCUCUCAUAACAGUGUGCACGCCAGCACUUACAUGGCCAAGAAAGCCUCUCAUAACAGUGUGCACGCCAGCACUUACAUGGCCAAGAAAGCCUCUCAUAACAGUGCACCAUACUCUUAGAUGCAACCUGGCCAGGAAAUACUUCUACGAUUGCGGGCUACUCAUUUGGACAACGGUAGCCAAGGAAGGCUUCUACAAUUGCAAGCUAUGCAUACAGACAACGUCUUCAAUUGUGGGCAUUACUUAUUGAUGCCCCCUAAAGAGUACUCAUCUAUCUUUACAAGUCGCAUUGCCGGCCGGCCAUUUUAAACACAAGUUAUUAAACAGAAUUUGGCAUCAUCGUUAGUAAAAUUAUAGUCAAAUUAAUAAAAGGGAGUUAUAUCACCACUACGUAGCUUUAGUAACAGCAUCAGCGGGACUUUCUGCACUUUUUCACUCAUAUAAAAGUUAAACUCACUUUAACUACUUUCUUAGAAAACUAGCUUGUCAAGACAAGAUUUAAGACAUAGACAAGAUUCACUUACUGAUAGA